GGGGUGAGGCGGCGGCGGCGGACUGGCCGGUCCCGGUGCACCCUGAGGGGCGGGCUCGGCCGGGCGCCGCCGUCCCGGGGGCAGAGGCGCGAGGUGUGGCGCUCGGAGCGGGGAGCGCGGCACUCGGGCGCCGCGGCGGCCCGUCGGGCUCCGGGCUCGGGGCGCGGAGGGGCGGGACCCGCCGCUCCCAGGACUCCGGGAAACCGCUCCCCAGCCUCGGGCGCGUGUUUGCCGGGCUGCGGGGCUGCGGCCGCCCCGGGUGGACGGGAGAGCGGCCGGCCGGCAGCGGAGAGGGAGCAGGCCGCUCCCGGGGGCGAAGUUAGGCUGUGCGAAAUGGAUGAAAAGAGGCUGCUGGAUCCAGGGUUGAAAGUUCAUAAAGGCCUCUGGGAUUAUACUCUGAAGAGCCAGCAGAUGGAAUGCCUGAGUGACUGAAGAAAAUGGGUGCUAAUGCAUCUAACUAUCCUCAUUCAUGUUCCCCGAGGGUAGGGGGAAAUUCUCAAGCCCAACAGACUUUUAUAGGGACAUCAUCCUAUUCUCAGCAAGGCUAUGGUUGUGAAUCAAAAUUAUAUAGCCUUGACCAUGGCCAUGAGAAACCACAAGACAAAAAAAAGAGAACCUCUGGCCUUGCCACCCUCAAAAAGAAGUUUAUUAAGCGUCGAAAAUCGAAUAGGUCUGCUGAUCACGCCAAGCAGAUGCGAGAACUCCUCUCUGGUUGGGAUGUUAGAGAUGUCAAUGCAUUAGUGGAGGAAUACGAGGGAACUUCAGCCUUAAAGGAACUUUCUCUACAAGCCAGUUUGGCUAGACCAGAAGCCCGGACAUUGCAGAAGGAUAUGGCCGAUCUUUAUGAGUAUAAGUAUUGUACUGAUGUAGACUUAAUAUUUCAAGAAACUUGUUUUCCUGUUCAUCGUGCCAUUUUGGCGGCAAGGUGUCCAUUUUUUAAAACACUGCUUUCUUCCUCACCUGAGUAUGGGGCAGAGAUCAUAAUGGACAUCAAUACAGCUGGUAUAGAUAUGCCUAUGUUUUCUGCUUUGUUACACUACCUUUAUACUGGAGAGUUUGGAAUGGAGGACUCAAGGUUUCAAAAUGUCGAUAUCCUCGUUCAGCUUAGUGAAGAAUUUGGAACACCAAAUUCCCUUGAUGUAGAUAUGCGUGGACUUUUUGAUUACAUGUGUUAUUACGAUGUCGUCCUUAGUUUUUCUUCAGACUCUGAACUGGUUGAAGCUUUUGGUGGAAAUCAGAACUGUUUAGAUGAAGAGCACAAAGCUCACAAAGCUGUUAUUUCGGCACGGUCCCCAUUUUUUCGAAAUUUAUUACAAAGGAGGAUACGGACUGGUGAAGAAAUCACAGACCGAACUUUGAGGACUCCCACAAGAAUUAUAUUAGAUGAGUCCAUUAUACCAAAAAAAUAUGCAAAAGUUAUAUUACACUGUAUGUAUACCGAUGUGGUGGACCUCUCCGUUUUGCACUGUAGCCCCUCGGUGGGGAGUCUCAGUGAAGUUCAGGCUCUCGUCGCAGGGAAACCAAACAUGACCAGGGCAGAAGAAGCCAUGGAACUUUACCACAUAGCACUGUUCUUGGAAUUUAACAUGCUUGCACAAGGCUGUGAGGAUAUCAUUGCUGAGAGCAUCUCAUUAGAUACCUUAAUUGCCAUCCUCAAGUGGAGCUCUCAUCCAUAUGGCUCCAAAUGGGUGCACCGACAAGCUUUACAUUUCCUCUGUGAGGAAUUUUCCCAGGUCAUGACUUCGGAUGUUUUUUAUGAGCUCAGCAAAGACCAUCUACUUACUGCUAUCCAGUCUGACUACCUACAGGCAAGUGAACAAGAUAUCCUUAAAUAUCUGAUUAAAUGGGGUGAGCACCAGCUGAUGAAAAGAAUAGCAGACAGAGAACCAAACUUACUGAGUGGCACUGCUCAUAGUGUAAACAAAAGAGGUGUGAAAAGACGAGACCUGGACAUCGAAGAGCUUCGGGAGAUCCUUUCUUCUCUCUUACCUUUUGUUCGCGUUGAGCACAUCUUACCUAUAAACAGUGAAGUCCUAAGUGAUACAAUGAAAAGAGGCUUGAUUAGUACUCCUCCAUCAGAUAUGCUUCCUACAUCAGAAGGUGGAAAGUCAAAUGCCUGGUUACGGCAAAAAAAUGCUGGAAUAUAUGUUCGUCCUCGACUCUUCUCUCCCUAUGUGGAGGAAGCAAAGUCAGUGCUAGAUGAGAUGAUGGUGGAACAAACAGAUCUUGUGCGUUUACGAAUGGUUAGAAUGUCCAAUGUGCCAGACACACUUUACAUGGUCAAUAAUGCCGUACCACAGUGCUGUCACAUGAUCAGCCACCAGCAGAUCAGCAGUAACCAAUCAAGCCCUCCUUCGGUGGUAGCCAAUGAGAUUCCAGUUCCUCGUCUCCUCAUUUUGAAAGACAUGGUCAGACGUCUGCAGGAGCUCCGACACACCGAGCAGGUGCAGAGAGCCUACGCGCUGAACUGUGGGGAAGGUGCCACGGUCAGCUAUGAAAUCCAGAUCCGGGUCCUGAGAGAGUUCGGUCUUGCCGAUGCUGCUGCAGAGCUCUUGCAGAAUCCUCACAAGUUCUUUCCUGAUGAACGUUUUGGGGAUGAAAGUCCGCUCUUGACACUGAGACAGUCUGGGAGAUGUCGUGUUAACAGCACCCCCACUGCAGAAACCAUGUUUACAGAUCUAGACUCUUUUGUGGCCUUCCAUCCACCUUUGCCCCCUCCACCACCUCCAUACCAUCCCCCAGCUACUCCCAUCCAUAACCAACUCAAAGCAGGCUGGAAGCCAAGAACUCCCAGUCAGCAUCCUUCACGUUCAUUCUCUUAUCCCUGUAAUCAUUCACUGUUUCACUCCAGAACGGCUCCUAAAGCCGGCCCCCCUCCAGUCUAUCUGCCAGGUGUUAAAGCCCCAGCACCUGAUUGUACCAACACCGCAGGACUGGGGAGACAGACAGUAGCCGCAGCCGCCGCCGCCGCUACCACCUCCGCAGCAAUAGUAUCUGAGAAACAAGUGUGUACACAGCCUGUGCUCAAUGACCUAAUGCCAGAUAUUGCCAUGGGUGUGUCCACAUUGUCCCUCAAGGACAGGAGGCUUCCAGAGCUUGCUGUAGACACAGAAUCAAGCCAGCCAGUUUCUGAAGUAGGACCAGGGCCUCCCCAGCAUCUGGCGUGUGUCCCACAGCGGCAUAUACACCCGUCUCGAAAGAAACACACACUAGAGCAAAAGACAGAUGCUCGAGAAAAUCAGCAGGAAUAUCCGGAUUUCUAUGACUUCUCAAAUACUGCUUGCAGACCUUCUACUCCUCCUGGCAGACGCACCCCCUCCCCUUCGCAAGGUGGAUACUUCGGUCCUGACCUGUACAGCCACAAUAAAGCAUCACCAAGUGGCUUAAAGCCAGCCUACCUACCUGGCCAGACCUCUCCUAAAAAGCAGGAAGAAGCUAGGAGAGAUUAUCCGCUGUCCCCUGAUGGGAAUCUACACAAACAAAAGAACGAGCCAAUACACCUCGAUGUCAUUGAGCAACCUCCCCCGCGGUCAGACUUUCCUCUGGCCGCCGCCCCAGAAAAUGCUGGCAGCGGUCCGGCGCACGGCAGGGGGCGGACAGCAGUAGAAACUGACUUGACUUUUGGGCUGACUCCUAACAGACCUUCUCAUCCUGCAUGUAGCUCUGAAGCUCCAGAAGAGAGAUCCAGUAGGAGACUAGCUGACAGCGAGUCCCUGGGCCAUGGAGCUCAGCGAAGUAUGGAUUUGGAAAGGGAGGAUUCAGUAAGCAGAGGAAGGAGGUCACCAAGCAAACCGGACUUCCUUUACAAAAAGUCUGCCCUCUGAGAGCAGCCUCCAUGUCGUCUGUGCCUGAGAUGUGAAACAUCCCAUUUUAUUAUGUAACCCAGCAACUUGGAGACCCGCUUAUUGAUGCCAGCUGAUAACUCAGUUAUUUUAUCCCGGUUUUUGUACAUACAUGUUUAUUAGACAUGGCAUGCUAAGAGGGUUAUUUUGAAUGCUGCAUCUGUCUAUUUUGUCUUUGAACAAUUGUGUGGGGAAGCAUUUUUAACAGCAAGCAAGCUGGCACUUUUUUUUCUCUUUACAGAUGAAUUUUUUGCACUUGUCCAUUUAUUUUAUCUGUAUUGAUUUUAUAUCAGUAUGUUAAACUUUAUUGCCGCAUUUAAAGGACUGUAUUUUCAUACUUUUUUGCAUUUUGCCAUUCAUCUACCAAUUUCCAUGUGCAUUGGAUUGCACACUAAGAUGUAUUUUCUUAUGAAAUAGUUCUGUGUUUAUUUUUUAAUUAUAGAAAUUCCAAAGAACAGCACAUCAAAAUGCUCCUCUCUUUUCAAUAAUUGUUUUGGUUCGGAAAUCUUCCUGCUCAGUCUCUUUAAAUCUGUUGUCAUUCUUUUUUAAUAAGUCUGGGGAGCUGGUCUUCGUUCCUUCAGUGGGAGUCCCGUCAGGAUCCUGGAGUUUCCUAGUUCACUAGAGAACAGGAAGGAGGAAAGCCUUUUGGCCCAGGCUGCAAAGCUCCUGCUGUGUUCACAGUCAGAUGCCGUCGGAGCCGCUGCAGAUUCUGGUAGCAUGGACUAGAGUCAUGAGAUGAGACUCUAAAGAGAUGGAGUUCUUAGAAUCCUAACGCCGUGGAGAGGGCGGCGUAACCUCCAGCCUGCACCACGGGCUUUCUGGUUCCAGCGUCCUCGACUCUCCAGCUGAUGGGGAAGUGACUGCUUGCUGCCUUCAGUUGUCUUGCUCUCUGUGGGAAAACAAAAAACAAGGGCUUCAGUCUUACGAUGUCAUUUGGUGUUUGUAAGCAUAUGUUUUCUUUUAAAUGUUCUUUAAAGUGUGUCUGAAUUUUGGUGUUCUAUAAAAAAUUGUAUAAUGCAUAACGCUUCAUUACCAAAAGAGAAAAAACUUUUUUUUUUCUUUCCAGUGAAAACACUACAUGUCCUACUUGAACUCCACUAGAGAUGCUGGUUUGGGAUUUUACUGAACCACACUGAGCACAUGGGAUCUUUAAGAUCUUCUCCCUUGGAAGGGCAAUGUGUGAACUAAGGACUUUUUUUUACUCUCCAGUGUAAAUAUAUUAGUAUUUGAGUUUUUAAAUCACUUCAACAUUAUUCGAGCUUUCACUUUGUAUUUUUACAGACACAUACACACAGCCGUAGCACUUAGAAGAGAAGAGACUUUCUGCACAGUCCCUCAGGGGCGUGUGUGUUUGGGAGUCUCUUUUCUGUAUACAUAUAUAUAAAACUAUGAAUCACUGACACUCACUCUAAAACUAUGCAGGGCUAGGGAGCCUUUACAAGCUCACAUAAAUGAAUUACAUGCACUUUUAAGUCAAUAGGUUUCUAUUGGGUGUCAACAACUCAGAUUCCUCCCAAAACUGUAGAUACUCUUACAUUCUUUUCCUACUUUACCCUGUGGAUGUACACUCAGGAAUAAUCUGGCAUUUUAAAAAAUCCUGACAGUAGGUCGUCUCAAAGAUGGGAAACAUCGAUAUGUCUGUGUACACCGGUACACUGCUGCCUCUGGUUCCGCUCCCCGACUCCUCAGCUGCUGCUGGAGUGUCCGCCUGCGUUGUGAGGUUGCGUACUGAGCUCCAGAGUUAACACUAACCUAUUUGUAAGGUCUGCUGUGCAUUGCCUUUGAGGCUCCCUUUUUUAAAGACAGAAAAACAGGACUGACUGUUCCAUUUUUAGGAGGUUUGACUCUAAUAGAUUAUGGUGUCUUUUGAAGCCAAUCUCAGUCUGUCUCCCAGAAGCUAAAAUUAAUUCCAUUAUAUUCCUUAAUGUGUGUUUAUAUACUUGUGUUGACAUGAAUUACUUUGAUGUCGUUUUAAAUAUCUAUUCUGAAUUCAGACUCUACUGUGCUGGUACUACAAAUAAGAGUGAGUAGAGUUAAUUUGGGUGGAAAAAACUUGAUCUGUGUUUUUUAAUUUAAAAAAACAACAACCUUAGAAAAGAGCUAUUGAUGUCACACAUUUAUUCUCCUGAAAAUUUAUUAAAUAUUCUUUCAUAUCCCCAAAGUGUAAUUAUAAAAAUAAGUGGCCACUGUUCAUAGUUUCGUUUAAUUUAUGAAGUUUGCUUGUAAUAAUUUAGUAGCUUACCUGGCUGAACUACGUGUACAAAGAGAAACUUACUUUAACCUAUGGGAUUGUGAGCUGAUGUGACUUGCGAAGAUAAACAGAUGUGGUUGUGUGUGCGCGGGUAGGUGUUAGACUUUCAGUGUGUCUUGUGAAGUGUGCUUAAUAGGGUAGGUAGGUUAAAUAGUUCUGUGCCUCUGGCUUUUGAACCCAUCUGUUCAAUCUUUUUUAAUGCUUACUAAGCAUUAAAAUAUUUUAAUGCUGUACUAAGAUAAAUGUGAAGUCUGAGUAGGAUUGCUCUCAGAAAAAACACACACAUGUACAAUGUAAAAUUUGGCCACAGGACCUGGCAUUUUACUCAGUGUAGAAAUUUUGUGAGAACCAAAUCGCAGAGUACCAGAUCUUAUCUCGGGGCCCCGACAAUCAGGCCGUCAGACAAUCACCAUUUUGGGUGCCCACUUUGUGGAGGUUACAGAACUACCAUUUUGUUCCUGGAUCACAAAGAAUAUUGGCAUUUCUUCAAGAUGCUGUUGGUCUUUUUAGUUUUGUGAUUUUGAUGAACAAUUUAAGUUCAAAGUCACCUGUGACUCCUAAGGGAAAAAAGCAUGAAAGGCGAAAUUAUUCCUGAAAAAUGGUGGUUUGAAUUUUCCACAUACCAUACCCUUUUUCACCUGCCCCCUCAGCUUUUUUGAGGCGUAUGUCCCUAGACCUAAACUCUCCUGACAUUUUGAUAACCAGUUAGACUUUAUGGAUUUUUAACGAGGUCCUUUUGUUGAAUCCUUUUGUAUAACUCUCUGAAACUUCAUCUAAUUCUCAGUUUUGCUCCCUCAAACUCUGUUUUUAUUAUAAUUGCUAUCCUUUAUUGGGCUUUCUUUUGAUUGGUUGUUCAAGUUCUGGCAAUGGGCAAUACUUGUCCAUUGAAUUAAGGUGAUGGUGCGGAGUGUGAGGGGAACAGCCUUGAGGCAGCAGGGCCUGCAUGUGUCCAUCUCUAGAGAAGAAGGUCUAACAUUUCUCAGUAACUACUCAGCAAAACAUGUAUUUUCAUAAUGUUUAAUCUGCCUUUUAGGAAAUACGUUUCAUGAAACACUUGUAUUUGUUUUGCAUUUCUAAGGCAUUCAUGUUUAUAUCUUAGGACUGAACUCAAAGGGAAAUGUUUGAAUUUUAAAAAAUUAUUUGAUUCACUUCUUUCUAUUGAAAGUUACUAUUAAAGCAGCAGUGAUGGGUGCUAUUCCCGAUUCUGCAGUGGUUUACUUCGUCUACUAAGUAAUUUCCUUUGAAACCUCAUUACAGAUAACCUUACUGAAAGAGUUACCAUCACACGCUAAAAGGUAUUUUACUGUUUUCCAUGAGCAACGUUUUCUGAAUGUUCAGCUGUCUUUUUGUCUGAUAAAUUUGCAAUAGCUGUUAUGUAAUUCUUGUAUUGGCAGGUCUUUGAUAUUUUUUCCUCCAGAAAACUCUGACCGUCUGUCAAUCUUCCAUAUUCUAAAUAUUAUAUUGCUGUGGCUGUUUCUAUAGAAAGAUUACUUGCAAGUGUGUGUCUUGAAAAUAACCUCUUGUGUUUGUGUGUUUAUGUGGGCUCUCAGAGAUGAGCUCUGGAAGCUUCGUCCUGUACCUGCACCUGACUGUUCUGUAAGCAGGUGGUCUGGUCCUGCUCUUCGAUGGGGUGGCUGAAAGGUAAAGGUUCUUGAACUUCUUGCUGUUUAUGUCCCGCAUCUAUACUUCAGAAGUACUUCUACAACACUGCAUUUCUUGUGGUUGUGCUGUUACUGGUAUAAAGUCAAGUGCCUUCAAUGCUAAAGGCUCAGAAAUUUUUCUUAAACUGAUUUCAUGUCCUAUGCAAGUGUUUUCUACAACCUGCAUAACCAGUACUUUGUAAAACUUGUUUACGCUUCAAUUGUACAUAGUGUUUUUUAAGGAAAUAUAUAGUAUUUUUAUUUAGGUACCUCCGAACUUGAAUUUGUCUGUGUGAAGCAUUGUAAAACGAUACAUCUCUCUUUUGAGUAUCAUUACCGUUGUACAAAGGUUUUCACUGGUUCUAUUUUUCUACUGUUACUGAUAAGCAUGUAACACUGACUUUAUCCUACAUAUAGUUGGCAUUUCAAAUAAAUGGCUUGUAUAGAA